AAGUGGGUGCAUUGUGCAAUAUAGCGUCCUGUGGUGCAGCGCUGGAGAUAGAGUCAAAAGCAGGGCAUGACUGCUGUACUCUCAAGCACAGUGUAACUACACCUUUCACACAGCGACGACGAGGGAAAAUAAAACCCGAAGCAAGUUGAUGAAAAUUAACUGAUAUAAAGAAAAACCCGGUGAUAAUGGAAAAAGAUCAAACAAACUGAGCAAAGUUACUAAUCUGGAUUGCUGUAACCUGCAGGAUGUGUUUAAGGUGUGUAAAUGAGUAUGGAAGAUUAUGACUACCUAUUUAAAAUUGUCUUGAUUGGAAAUGCUGGUGUAGGAAAGACCUGUUUAGUACGAAGAUUUACUCAGGGUUUGUUUCCACCAGGCCAAGGAGCCACAAUUGGAGUUGACUUUAUGAUUAAAACUAUUGAUAUAAAUGGAGAAAAAGUGAAGCUCCAGAUUUGGGAUACCGCUGGACAAGAGAGGUUUCGAUCCAUCACACAGAGCUAUUAUCGCAGUGCAAAUGCCUUAAUAUUGACCUAUGAUAUAACCUGUGAAGAGUCUUUCCGUUGCCUUCCUGAAUGGCUGAGGGAGAUUGAGCAGUAUGCUAGCAAUAAAGUCACCACUGUUUUGGUUGGCAACAAGAUUGAUUUAGCAGAGAAACGAGAAGUGUCCAGAGAGAGGGGUGAAGAAUUUUCAGAAACUCAAAAUAUGCAUUACCUGGAGACUUCGGCAAAAGAGUCGGACAAUGUUGAAAAACUGUUCCUUGACCUUGCGUGCCAGUUGAUAGGUGAAGCAAAACAGCACACUCUGGUCAAUAAUGUAUCAUCUCCUUUGCCUGGUGAAGGCAGAACCAUCAGCUACUUGAACUGCUGCAACGUUAAUUAGGCAUGAACACCAUUAAAUUCAGCUGAUGUUUUGCAAGGGUAUUUUGUAGGUGAAAGAAACUUCUGCAUUUCUUACCUAUUGACCAAAGCUUGAGGUUAUUUUCUGGGUUUCAGCAUGGUAGACUGAUUUAAAGAAAAAAAGCAGACAAAUUGGAAAUCUUCUAUGCUCCAGAUUGCCCAGGUAAAAGUAACAAUACAAGAUCUAAACAUUUUAAAAAAUCUUCCUCACUUUGCUGUGCUUUGAAUUAGCUUUACCAAGUGCUCACUUGAAGCACAGAACUUGCCAUUUUAUUGCUGCUUAAACAAUGAAGGCUUGUAUUAAUAGUUAAUUAGGAGUAAUUUUAAGUAUAGAAGGUACAAUAUUUGGAUUUGCUUUUAACUAUUCAUGGUGCCGUGCUCCACACAAUAUAUCAGUGCUAGACUUUUUUAUUGAGUUAUCCAUCACUGAAAAUUUAUUUAGGUAGUUAAUAUAAAUGGAAAUAGCCAGUUUUAUAAUCCCUGCAUGUUGUUGCCAUUAAGCUCUUUUAUUUAGCUCUAAGAAAUUUUGCCACUCCUACAAAACUUGGUUUUCAUGUGCGCAACUAGUUUUUAAUUCUCAUUCUGCAAAUAUUACUAUUUGAGCUGAUUACAGUUUCACUGAACAAUAGAUGUUGUGUUCCUGUUUUGGUUUAAAUCAUGAGGUUUGGAUCUCAGCCUAUGUUACAUUUUGUUUGAAAGUGAUCAGGGAAGAUUUUACCCAUGGGUUGUGUAGCAUAAUCAUGAUUCAAAACUAUUAAUUCAUGCAAUUUUUGUUACACAUCACAAACUCUUCCCUACAUAUUAUUUAACUAUUUCCUCCAAUUAUUAUACAGGCAUUUCUUAAGAUGACAGCUCCUGCUGGGAUACACCAUUUACUGAUACAGUGUUCAUCUGCCCAAGGGAAUUUAAACAUGCAUGACUGUAGACAUCAGCACAUUCUCUCAUGGUAUGGUGAUAUCAUAACCUCCAUGCAUAGCAUUAAUAUAAUCAACAUCAAUUAUGUAUUGAUUUGGGAAAAGAACUUUAAUCCUAUUAUAUGUUUGCAUUUCAAGCUAGAGAACACUAUAGUCAAUAAUGGCCUUGUACACAGUUCUUACUGACACAACAAGGAUGAAGCAUUGGACCUAAAGCCUGUGUAGUUUCUUGAAGCCCAGACUAUGUUAUGUUGGCUGAUACUUAAACAUUAGCCCAUUGUAACAUAUGGAAUGUGAAGGAGGCAUUAUUCAUCAAUAUUUUUUCUGCAGAAAAUUCUUGUCAUUUUUCAAUUAACUACAUUAUAUUUAUACCACAGUCUUCAAUUGAAAGUAUCAUUACUGGGGGGGGGGGGGGGGAAGAAGCUGGAAAUAUACUAAAAUGAACUGAACAUUUUAUAUUCCACACAGCAAGAACUCAAAUAAAAGCACUGCAGGUAUGCAAAUGACAGCAACAUAUUUAUCUUAUACUAUAAUGAAAUUAGUUCCUGGUUUAGGAUACAUUCUCAAAUAAUGGAGAAGGCAAAUCAAUAUUUCUCUGAACUUUUUCAUUUUAAUUCUUAGCAACCACAUUAUGACAUCCCAAUACAGGUCCUUGUGUAGUCUAUAAGUACUUUCCAACGUCUUGUUUGAUUAUAUUUCAUCUUGUAAUCCAUCAUUAUCUUGUUGAUAUUUUGGGAACAUUUUAAAGAUUUUUGUUCACUCUGUUAUUACAGUUAUGAAAUAGCAAUUAACCAGGGCUGUUUCAGGAAAUUAAAUUAUUUUUUUUGCAAUCAUUUCUUAUGAGCACAUAACAUGAUUUUUUACAAACUCUCCUUUUCUAAGGUAUUAGCACAUUAGUAAAAAUCUGAUCUUUUGAAAUUGAAAUAAUAAGAACAUUGCAAAAUACUAUGGAGCUCUCUAAUCACUGUGCAUCAUUUACUGCCAAUGUUGUGAAAACAGUAGCAACAUCACCAGUUGUUUUGUACGUCUUUGCACUUUACAUCAAAUUAACAGCCUGGGGUUGUUGAUUUAUUCCCAAACACUGAUCUUUUCUAUAUUUGAAACAACUUGCAGUGCCAUGGAAAAAUUCUGAAGUACUUGCUUUUUUUUUGCUUGUGGCACUAGCAGAAGCUACAUUCCAUUUUGUUUGUUUUUCUUCCCCAUUUUUUGAAAUGUAGGAUGGUGCCAUUAGGACCCGCUGAUUAUAGGGUUGUAUUUUCCACACAACAUUUUAGUUAAAAUGUCAUUUACUUGAUAUAAUAUAACCAUGUGAAUACCUUCACAAGCUUUCUACUAUAUUUUGUAUCUAGAUGUAUUAUAGGAUGAAUAAAGGAUUGUUUUUAUUUAAACUAACACUACCCUUGCAGUAGAGCACAACUCUAGAGAGAGCUUGACAGAGAACAGUAAUGUGGGAAUCAUUGAAUCUAGACAUGCUAAAUCCUUGCAAAAAUAUUGACAGCUAAAAGUAUUAAUUAACAAUGCUACUUUAUUGAAAUGAUUGAUAAUUUGAUGCAACUGAGCUUUGCAGUGAGCUAUAAGUUGCACCUGAAAAAAGGCUGUUAUACACAGUACUUCAUCUGAAUCUACAUCACAGCUUUGAUAAUUGCACAAUGCACACAAAACUGGUCCAUUGGUGACUGAUUUUAACUUCCUGAUAGAGCUGAAGCUGGUUGAGAAAACAUCAAACAAUUUUUCCAUAGCAUACUCAAUAUCUGUACCGCAAAAUCGACUUCUAAAUGAAAAGUAUUUGUCAACUAAACAGUGGGGGAAAGAACUUAUAAUACAUUGUUCCAAUAUGUUUUCUGUAAAUAUCAUAGCUUCAAUAUUAAGAACAUAAUUUGCAUAUCGUAUUAUUUUAAUUGUUUUGAUUUACUAUUAAUUGUGUAGAGAUACUAUUAAAGUUCUCAAUGACACAUUAUAUUCUGUGAGAAAAUCCCAAAUUUCAAACUGCUUUGAAUUUAUAGUUUGGGUUGAAAUAAAUCAUCUUCUUUAAAUUGUGCAUGUUUCUACUGCUGUUUGGGAACAAGUUAAAUUAUUCAUUGGCUUUCCCUCUCACUGUCCACUGUCACCCAAACAUGGGAUAAAUGCUGCGAGCUAUUUGAAAAUGCUGCUGUCCACAAGUAUUUACACAAACAAUGGAAUUCUUUUCUGUCAAACUAUUUUCAAAAGCAGUAACAACCUGUACAAACUCUUAAUCUUAUUGAGCCUUUUGGUAAAUGUGCAAUUUAAAAAAAAGUUAACUGUUUGCUAUUAUCAUUAAAUGAAAAUGUGAAUGUUGAUCUGGAAAUGGAAUAUAAUUUUAGUGUUUUAAUACUUUUACAUGUAAAUGAGAAAUGUAUAGCCCUUUCCUUAUUGGAUCCUGCAUUAAAUCAAUGAAAGUACAGCUGGUGGUGUCAUGCAGUUAACAGUAUAAUGGUGGAAACAAAGAGAACACUCAGCACCACUCUGGGUUGAGAGGUGGUAUCUGGUUGAAAAUAUAGAGAGAAGAAAUUUGUCAGAAAAAUGUAUUGUUGACAGUUCUCUGCUGAUAUUUGGGCAUCUCUAGAGAAAAUGGAAAUUUUGUACAGGCUGUCACUGUUUUAUUUUUUAAAUAUGUGAGAUUUAGUUGGCUGUGCAAUAACACUAGCCAUUUUCUGUUCAUGACUUUGGCACAAUAAUGUUCUUGAUAUGGCACUAAAGCUAAAAGUACAGAACAACUGGCAAAAGUUGAACUACAAUGCUAACAGGUGCUUGUAGAUCAGUACAUUUGCAUUGCAAGAAUCUCCAAACUGUGAAUAGCUGUAAUCUAAGAAAUACAUAAAUGUUUUUCAUGUGAACCUAAUGGUGCUGUUAUUUGGAAUGAAGAAUGUUAGUAACUAAUAGUUUGGUAUAACUAAUUUGAACAGAAUGUAAAUCUUGUGUUAAACUGAACAAAAUGAAUGUGUUUUUGUCACACUUGUUGUCUCAUUCUUUACCUUUUUUAAAUUUUGCACUCAACUGUUUACAACAAUUUUUUUUUACAUUUAAACAGAGUUUUCAUGUUUUAAUGGCCCAUUAGUUUAAGAAUUUGACCCAUCUGAAAUAAGUACUUGAAGAAAUACAUGCAUUAUGAAUCUGGGGAGAAAUAAUCUUCACAAGUUGUGUUGUUGACUUUGUUUCUACAGAUGGUUAAUUGUAAUCUCCCUUUUACAAAUCAAAACGGUAAUGCUAGAAAGGACAAAAACUAGAGUUGUUUUUUAUUUGUUAAUGCUUAUCAAUAA